ACGUGAGGAAUGGCAUGCUGAUAUUUCGCUUUCAACAAACACAAAGGAUUACUUUACUCCUUGAGUAAUGCAAUUUUAUGGACUGUACUUUUCCUCAUGUCAUAACUUGGACUAGUGACUGACGUUAAAUAGGCGGGGUGUGAACAUACGCUGUAUAAAAACAACAGGUAACGAUGUAAAGACCAGUAGCGUCACUGGUGGAUGGCGAAAGUCCUUCAAAAUGGGCAACUGGAUCAUUAACCAUGGACUGUCAUCCUUCAUACUGGUGGUCUGGAUGGCCAUCAACAUAUUCCUGUUCCUUUGGUUUUAUUUCUUCUACGACUUGGGGGAUCAGUUUUUCUACACACGCCACAUUUUAGGGUCUGCAUUGGCCUGGGCCAGAGCCCCUGCAGCCGUCCUCAACUUCAACUGCCUGCUGAUUCUGCUGCCCGUGUGUCGUAACCUGCUGUCUCUCAUUCGCGGCUCCUUCAUGUGCUGUGGGCGAACUAUGAGGAAACAGUUGGACAAAAAUAUCAGUUUCCACAAGUUGGUGGCCUACAUGAUUGGGCUGAUGACAGCUGUUCACACCAUUGCCCAUUUGCUGAAUGUGGAGUGGUACUAUAAUAGCAGGCUUGGGGAGUAUGAUGACCUCAGCACGGCCCUGUCCAGCCUGGAUGACUCAGGAAACACCACCUUCCUGAACCCAAUCCGUUCUACAACCACUACGCCGACCCUCCUGGUGUUCACCACCGUCGCGGGGAUCACAGGCGUAAUCAUCACGCUGUCACUCAUCCUCAUGAUCACCUCAUCCAUGGAGGUCAUCAGGCGCAGCUACUUCGAGGUCUUCUGGUUCACACACCACCUUUUCAUCGUCUUCUUCGCUGGGCUGGUCAUCCAUGGAGCCGGACGCAUCGUGCGAAGUCAGACCACCACCAAUCCACCACAUAAUGCCACCUUCUGUAAAGAUCGAAUAGAUGACUGGGGGAAGAUUCAGGAGUGUCCCGUUCCCCAGUUUGCAGGGGGGUUCCCACAGACCUGGAUGUGGGUGAUCGGUCCCAUGAUCCUCUAUGUGUGCGAGCGCUUGCUGCGCUUCAUCCGCUACAUGCAGACCGUCAAAUACAGAAAGAUAGUUAUUCGACCAUCCAAAGUGUUGGAGCUGCAGCUGGUGAAGAACGGUUUCAAGAUGGACGUGGGUCAGUAUGUCUUCCUCAACUGCCCAGCCAUCUCCCAGCUGGAGUGGCACCCCUUCACCAUGACCUCGGCCCCCGAGGAGGACUUCUUCAGUGUGCACAUCCGCUCCGUGGGCGACUGGACCCAGAAACUAAUCAGCAUUGUGGAGCAGCUUCCUGAGGGGGCUGAGGGACCCAAAAUGGGUGUAGACGGACCGUUUGGUACGGCCAGUGAGGAUGUGUUUGACUACGAGGUUGCCAUGCUGGUUGGCGCUGGCAUUGGAGUCACCCCCUUCGCCUCCAUCCUCAAGUCCAUCUGGUACAAAUUCAAAGACUCCAACCCAAAGCUACGCACCAGAAAGAUCUACUUCUAUUGGUUGUGCAGAGAGACGCAUGCCUUUGAGUGGUUUGCAGAUCUGCUGCAGCUGCUGGAGAGGGAGAUGGAGGAAAGAGGCAUGGGAAGCUUCCUGACCUACAAACUCUACCUCACUGGAUGGGAUCAGAGCCAUGCAAACCAUGUGAUGGUUCAUGCGGAUGCGGACACAGAUGUGGUCACUGGUCUGAAGCAGAAAACCAACUACGGCAGGCCCAACUGGGAUAAGGAGUUUGAACAAGUGCGCAAAGAGAAUCCAACGUCAGUGGUGGGCACAUUCUUAUGUGGCCCUGCAGUCUUGGCUACUGUCUUGUCAAAGAAAUGUGUCAAAUACACGGAUGUCGAUCCCCGAAAGACCAAAUUCUACUUCAACAAGGAGAACUUCUGAGCAAAACAAUGAGCAAAACAAUCUGCUCCACUUGAAGGAAAAGCUGUAUCUUUGGUCUUCCAAAAUGUUGGCAACAGAGAUGUUUUUAGACCAUUCAUCUGAACACAAUGAACGAUGACCAAUCCUGGCUUUGGUCAACAAGCCAUGGUGGAGUUGAUACCUUUCAGAAAAGUCUGCAAAAAGUUGGGGGCAUAAAUCUUGGACUGAAAGCUGGCUGCCUCAGUGACUAUAUGGGUGUGUUACAUAACUUGAAUACCUUUUUAGAUUCUACCUCUUCUACAGAAAACCAACAAGCCUUGCACACAGAGACAAAAGCUUUGUUAUAUCUGCACUACUCAGGGAUUGGCUGGCUCCUUUGCUUCCCGCUUUUCACAAUGAAUCAUGAUGUAUGAAGUCACUUACUGUUAAUAAUCGAAGACCUUUGUACAGAAUAGCUCAUCUUGUUAAAAUGAUUGCCAUUAAAUGACACAUGGAUGAGUAAGAUAUUCACUAAAGUGUAGGGAGUUGUUUGGUAGGUUACCUGUGAUGGAGUGGUGUUACAUGUGGCCCAGGCUAACCAUUGGAUUUUGUUUGCCCCCCACAUUAUCUAAAUAUUGGAGAUUUUGAUAAGGGAAAUAAGAUUUCUCUAGAUAGCAGAGAAAUCAAAGUCACUCUUCUUGGGGGCAAUUUCUACACUACUUUAUGGGGGUGUAACAAAAUGUACACUGCCAAUGUACCGAAUAUUUUUAAUUUUCUUUUACAGAAAUGGUAGCUUGGGCAAGAUAACUGAUACACCCACCUUAGAUGCUUAAGUGUUGUUUUGUGCUUUCAAGGGGUGUGGCCACAGAAGGACACAAUACUCCUACAUUAAAGCCCUAUAGUAUAAUCAAUCUCCAUUUCCUUGUAAAUGACAUGACUGGAAGGAAAGGAGGGUGAGGCAUUGCCAGUCAGCCAGGGAAUGUGUUCCAAAUCAGAUAGGAAUUAUGUUCUUAUGAAGUGUACUUCCCUUACAAUUAUGUAACAGGGAAGACUCCAUGUUCUCUCUGACCCUACACAAUUAUUUCACAUUCUUUUUUGUCUUGAUUCUGUCGCUUUUAUAAGCAAAUAGAUCACUUUGUAGUCUAAAAUGACACUUUAAUUCUCUUCUGUACAUACCAACAGCUCAUCUGAAUAAAUACAUUCAUGCAAAAAUU